GUUCAGAGACUCUUCGCACCUCUAAGGAAUAUGAGGCAGGCAAUCCCUCAGCUCAUUAUUAGAGAUGUUUGCUGGUUACUCUCUUCCAUCUCUAGAGACAAAUCCUUUGCUUGCUGUUACUUCGGGAGAUUCUGUCUCAGCUCUGUUCUGUGAAGGCCCAGGGAUGUAGAGAUGCUUCUUGGUGUUUGCAAAGACUGCUUUGCCCUGAAAGUAUCAAAAGGCAGACCUGUGGAUCUUCUGGGAGAGAAGCAACAGCAGCUGUGAGGCCUAUCAAAAGAAAUCGGACUAGUAGCCUCUUAGAAGUAUCCUGGGCCCUUUCUUACACAUGGCAACAAAUGAUGAGUUUACAGCAGCUAAGCACCGAGCCCCCGUUGCAAUAUAUUGUGGAAGUGUUCCUAAAGCAAAGCCUGGAUGCAGGUCACUGAGAGGAGGGAGCAUCGAUUCCAAUUUGCAGCUCUGUGGGAACGGAUGGAUGACAGCUGAUGAUGCCUCUCUUCAUUCAGUUCUAAAGAAACAGACAUGUUUGUGGGGAGGCAAAGGGAAACCUCUGGAUAUUUCCCCUCUGGAGAACUGGGACAGUAGGAACGGCCUCCAGAAGAAGAAUACAGAUAGCACACUCAUGGCUGAUCCUUCUCAGCUGCCCAGCCCCCUGACAAAACAAAAGCCUGGUGAGCUGGAGGUGAGCAAUGCGGCUGUGGAAACAGCACAAAUCAAGGACAAGCUCAAGAAGAGGAGAAUAUCUGAGGGCAUACAUGCAUCAAGUAAAGGCUUACUUGACUCUUCUGGUCCUCAGGGACUUGCCCUGAAACCAGCCAUUUCCAAAUCUGCUUCUCAAAGACUGCUGAUCACUUCCAAGCCCAUGCCUCCUAUUCAGAGCAUCCCCACUUCCCCAGAGGCCAAUGGACACUGUGAAAGUGAACAUAAAGUGUUGGGGAAUGGCACAAAUUGCUUGGAAGUUGGAGGGUACCACUCAGUGUCAACAGCAGUCACUCAAGAGAUCCUCCAUGGCCAUGAUGAGAAUCUGAAGAGGUAUUUAGGAGUUGCUUUGAUCCCACCCAUCCCCAAAUCAGCAAAGGAACAAGAAGAAAAUUCGCAGAAUUUUCAAGAACUUCUUCAAGGCUCAUCACAGUUCUUGUUGGAAUCUGCUCCUCUUGCUGCAGAAGAGUCCUUUGAAACAAGAUCAAAACUAAUGCCUUGUAAUACUGAGAGGAACAUCCUCAACACUCUGGAAACCAGAAAUGGCAUCAAAAAUGGCAUGUCUGAAUCCUUGAAGGCUGCUAUGUGUCCACCUGAAUCUGUACUGCCAUUAACCAUCUCCUCUCUCAGCCUGCCUAAGGAAGGAGGCCAGUUCUCAAGUCCUUGCCUUUUAAAAGAUGAGUGGAAGGAGAGCAAUGGAAGGAUCCAUGUGACCAUAGCUAAGUCGGCUCAGGAGAAAAUGCGUCAGAAGCAGCUCAAAGAGAUAGAGAUUUUGCACAAAGAAAGAGAAAAGGAGAAAGACAGGGAAAAGGAAAGAUUUAUGAAGUUUCAAGAUCAGCUACAGAAAACUGCUUGUGAAGGCUCUGGGCCACUUAAAAGCAAUGCGACCACUCCUGUUGCCCUCAGCUUGAGCAACCCCUGCAGAGCUCCUGUCGGAAUGGCCUUAAAGAAACGGGUGAACAGGCCCUCUCUGCCCAGCAUCCCUGUAAUCAACCAUGACAGUAGCUUCUUGAGGCAUGCUUCAGCUAAUUCCCUGCCAGCAAACCUCCCGAGUUCUCCAGAAUGGGAAGAGGAUCUUGUAAACAGAGAUACCUUAGAAACAAGACCCUUGUCUUACCCGGAGCAGGGGCUAGUUGAUGCUCUGAAGUGGCUCAAUAGCAAUGAUUGGCAUCUGAAGGAGAAAGGACUCUUCAGUAUCCGAUGCUUGGCUACCUGCCAUUCAGAAGUUCUCCAGUGUAGACUUCAUGAUGUUUCCUUGGCAGCUACGAAAGAGGUUAGCAACCUCCGGUCAAAAGUGUCUCGGUUUGCUAUUGGGACCCUCACUGAACUCUUCAAGGCCAUGAAGAAGCAUAUGGACCAAGAGGUUGAGGAGAUUUCUCGGGUCCUUCUCCAGAAGGCGGGUGAUACUAGUGAAUUCAUCCAAAAAGCAGCUGACCAAUCUUUAGGGGUCAUGGCACAGAAUGUGACCCCUCCACGAGCGAUGGCAGCCCUCAUGGCCAAUGGAGUGAACCACCGUAAUCCCCUUGUUCGAAAAUGUGCUGCUGAACACUUACUGACCAUCGUGGAACAAAUUGGGGCUGAGAAACUGCUUUCAGGCAACCGGGAUAAUACAGAGCUGCUGGUGCAGACUUUGGUCAAACUUGCUCAAGACUGCAAUCAAGAUACAAGAUUUUAUGGCCGGAAGAUGCUGAAUAUACUUAUGUCCCAUUCAAAAUUUGAUGGGUAUUUGAAGCAUUGUCUACCAUCACAUGACUUGCGUGAUGUCAUGGCUGCAAUUAAGCAGAAAGGGACAGAAGACCAGGUGUCCCAAGCUCCUUCUGCUAAAAGCCACAGAGGAUCAAAGAACAGCAGCUUGACAACGUCGCUGGACAGCUUGCCUUCAGAUGAAGGGUCUGUCUCAGAUGUCCUAGGCCUGCCACAGGCCGUGACUCACCGCUCAUCCCUUCGUAGCAUUGAAAUUAUGGAGCAGUCGAAGGAGCUGAACAAGAUGCUGAUGGCCAAGGAAUUUCAGAUACGAAUGGAGGGAGUAACGCUGCUAAUGGAGCACUGCAAAAACAACCCUCAGCUAGUGUCCUCAAAUAUCAUACAGAUCUUUGAUGCUUUUAUCCCAAGACUUCAGGACUCAAACAAGAAAGUGAACCAGUAUGCAUUAGAAUCAGUUGUCUCCAUGAUCCCAAUCCUUAAAGAUGGUUUAAAUCCAGUCCUGGUCUCUGUGGUGACUGUAGUCACGGAUAACUUAAACUCAAAGAAUUCUGGGAUUUACAAUGCAGCAGUGAAGGUGCUGGACAAAAUGAUCAUUCAUCUAGACAAUCUUCUGCUGCUUCAAACAUUUGCCAGCAGGGUGCGUUUCAUCGGUGGCCAAGCUCUGCAAGAUAUUACAGCCCGCUUGUCAGUUCUUGUGGGUUUUGCUUAUCCACGGAAAUCCCAGGUUGUGGAGCGGCAUAUCCUUCCCAUUCUCUGGUAUUUCCUGAGCAACAUGAUUGGUAAUGGUGUGCUGCCUGGAAAGAGCGGAAAUGUGAAAACUGUGGUCUCUAAACUUGCUAAGAGCCUGCACAAGCAAAUGGGACCCAAACUUGAGGAAUAUGCAUCCAGCCAACCACAACAUGUGAUCAAAACCCUCCAGGACCUCCUAGAUAUGAAAUUCCUGUGAAGGAGACCCCACAUCAUCUCUGGGACAAUUUACAGUGUGCACUUCAAGAGAGAACAGAAAUGAAGUGGUGGACAACGAUACAGUGCUUGCCAUUAUUUAUGUUAUUUUUAAAUAAAAUAACCAACUAUGGAGAGUUUAUAGUAAUAAUCUACUACAGAAAGUGUAUAUAAUAUAUUUUGCAAUAGAAUUAAAUCACAUAUUUUUAUAAGGCUUAAAUUUCCCUAACUUUUGUCCCAUAGAGACUUACAAUUAUUAUUAUUAUUUUUAAAUCUAUGUACAGUUGUAAUUCUUAUCUGUAGAAAACAAAGCACUUCAUGUCAUAAAUGUGUGUCAAAGGAGAAGGGGAGGGUGACAGAGAUGAACCUUAAUGGGCAACAUGCUCUACAAUAGGGGGCUGCCAGUGCAAUAGGUAUGUGUUUGUGUUUCAUUUUUGAAUUACAUGAGCAUCCAAGGUGAUCUGUCAGUGUCAGCCUGGGUGUUUCCUAUUUGGGUUCUUGUUUCACCAAUAGAUCUUCCCAAAUGGAAAUGCCUUGCCUCUUUCUCCAAUAUAGCUGGAAUGCCAAGGCAAGAGCUUUUGUAGGUUGGGAUGAGUGUAGACAGGUGGCCAAGUCUUGCUCAUCUUGACUAGUAACCAAAUUCUGUGUGACAAGAUGUGUCCAAGGCUUGAAACAGUUGAGAACCAAAGCUGCUAAGAAGAUCACAAGUAGGGAAUUAUGAAAAAUAAUUAAAGACCAGGAGCUGAAGGAACAGAGUUGUUGCACCAACAGUUGGUUUCACCUAACUACUGCUUCAAGUAUUAGAGAGCCAGGUAAACCUUAAAUUCUGUCCACUUAACCUAUUGUGCUUUUAGUGGUUCUUUAAGGCAGCAGAAUGGGCAGGAGGGCCCCAAAAUGCAGCAGGCUUGGCUUACCACAUUUUAAAGCAAGCGAAGUACUACAUAUUACCAUCUAAAAACUCCCAUCCCAAGGCUUUUAAAUUCAGAAUUUUAAAAUAUCUUAUCUGUACUACUCCAUGGUGUCCCUCUGGAAGGGGUAGUACCCAGUCUUGAAAUAUGACAUUGGCAGGAUUCAUACCCCAGGAGAUCUCAUAAUUUGUUUGUUAUGUCUGAGGCCUAGUUCCAUGGUGGUAAACCCGUGCUAUGAAGACUGCAGGAGAAGCCUCACAUGAUUAGAUGUGUCUUCAUAGAAAAAAAUCUGUCCACAUGGAAAAAAAUCUGUCCACAUAGAAAGUUAUGCAUUAGGGAAAAGUAUUCCAGCCUAGUCCUCUCGAUGACAUCUAGUUUUCUAUGUGCAGAUUUUUGGUUUUUGUAUGGACAGGGCCAGCACCAGGUAUGACUGGGCCCUCGGGCACCAGCCUGUCCUGGACCUGCAGUGCCAUAGCCCAACCCUCCCCAUACAGGCAGCGCAGAGUUAAUAAGCCUGCCUGCACGUCUCACCUACCUCUCCCAUCCCUGUGAAUGACGUGCACACUGCGUGUGCAUGCCUGCUAUCAACCAAGAUGGCAGUGGGGGCAUCAGUCCCUUAGGGAAAUCUCCACUGCCAUCUUGGUUGAUGAUAGGCAUGCAUGUCAUUUACAGGGACAGGAGAGGUAGGUGGAAUGCACAGGCAGGCUUAUUGAAUCCCAUGCUGACUAUAUGUGAGCUCCCUCUCCGUGAUCGAUGGCAGGGUUGGAUCACAGAAUGGGAGCGCUGCCCUCCCAUCCUAAGGUGGGGCCCUUCAGGGGCCCCUCUGGGCUGCAGGGGCCUCUGACCAGGGCCCAACCUGGUCACUCUUUGAUGCCAGCCCUAGGUAUGGAGAACUUUUCAGUCAUGUGAACUCUCCUGCUGAAAGUCUGAAGUGGUAUCAGUUUAUCACCUUGGUGAGAAUUGAGCCUCAGAUAGCUCCUUUUGUCAAAGAACCCAUAGAUCUUUAUAACCUGAUGCCCAUUUGGUAGAAUUUGCAGUGUCAGAUGGGAGUUGAUUGACUCAUUGUACUAGUGGCCAACCUUUUAUAAGCAGAAUUGGAGUAACAGAACCAUAUGGAUAUAGGGACCAGCAAUAAGCAAAUAUUGUAAUGUGAGUGAAUGAGUAAAAAAGAGAGGGAAAAGUGGACUGAGACCUGAUUCACAUACCUACUUCUGGUAAAGUAUAGUCACUAUAAACUGCUCUUCUCUUAACCUCACAUUUUGAGAUUAGAGCCCCCUUCGGGUGUAGAUUAGAUCCACUGUCACAUCAAUGUCUGGCUGGCAAGGGGUGGAGUCAUGUGAUUUGUGUGUGAGGAAAUCUUGGAUAUUUUUCUAA